AUGGCGCAAGAGGAGGAGCUCGCUCGGCAGAGGAGACUUUUGGACUUAGCCUUGAAGCACAGUAUCACCUUGCACAGAAUAGAUCCAGACUUUGUACAGUUCUCUGAUCUGCAGCAUCGUGAGCAGGAGAGGAGCCCCAGUCUGGUCAAGGAGGAACAACAGGAAUUCUGGAUCAGUCCACAGAAAGACCAACUUCCAUUGCAGGAGGUAGCUGAUACCUCUGAGUCCAUAUUUACCCCUCUUUGUGAUGGAAAUGAUGACGGUAAAGAUCAGCCUCUACCCUCGCAACUCUACCAAGCCCAGACGGAGGGAGACACAGCUGUCACCUCAGUUGAACUGAUACAACUGAAUGCCAAAGAAGACAACUUUUUAAUAUCAGAACCAACAAGUGACCACCAUACCCUCUCUAAGUGCUGUCAUGUAACUAAGAGUGAAGCUGACCGUACUUACAGUCGGCAAAACUGUGAGGAAGCAGGUUCAACUCAGAAAGCAAGGCUGAUACUUCACAAAAAGCCCCACAACAAGUGCAAGAUGUGUGGUAAAGUGUUUUAUAAUUUGGAAAUUUUCAAAAUUCACAUGAAGUUUCACACGGGGGAAAAGCCUUCCAAAUGCACCACUUCUGGGAGAGAUUUUACCAGGAGGUAUAACAUGGAGAAGCAUACAAGGACUCAUACAGGGAAGAAGCCAUUCAGAUGCACCACAUGUGGGAAAAUGUUUACCAAAAAGUCAAAUUUACAAAGUCACGUAAGGACUCAUACAGGGGAGAAGCCAUUCAGAUGCACCACUUGUGGGAAAAUGUUUACCCACAAGUCAAAUUUACAAAGGCACGUAAGGACUCAUACAGGGGAGAAGCCGUUCAGAUGCACCACAUGUGGGAAAAUGUUUACCCAGAAAACACAUUUACUAAGGCACGUAAGGACUCAUACAGGGGAGAAGCCGUUCAGAUGCACCACAUGUGGGAAAAUGUUUACCCAGAAGUCACAUUUACUAAGGCACAUAAGGACUCAUACAGGGGAGAAGCCGUUCAGAUGCAGCACGUGUGGGAAAGUUUUUAACGACCAGUAUAACAUGGAGAAGCAUACAAGGACUCAUACAGGGAAGAAGCCAUUCAGAUGCACCACAUGUGGGAAAAUGUUUACCAAAAAGUCAAAUUUACAAAGUCACCUAAGGACUCAUACAGGGGAGAAGCCAUUCAGGUGCACCACAUGUGGGAAAAUGUUUACCAAAAAGUCAAAUUUACAAAGUCACGUAAGGACUCAUACACGGGAGAAGCCAUUCAGAUGCACCACAUGUGGGAAAAUGUUUACCCAGAAGUCACAUUUGCAAAGUCACAUAAGGACUCAUACAGGGGAGAAGCCAUUCAGAUGCACCACGUGUGGGAAAAUUUUUACCCAGAAGUCACAUAUACAAAGGCACGUAAGGACUCAUACAGGGGAGAAGCCGUUCGGAUGCACCACAUGUGGGAAGGUUUUUAACGACCAGUCACAUUUACUAAGGCACAUAAGGACUCAUACAGGGGAGAAGCCGUUCAGAUGCAGCACGUGUGGGAAAGUUUUUAACGACCAGUCAAAUUUAGUAAGGCAUGUAAGGACUCAUAAAGGGGAGAGCCAUUCAGGAGCUGCGAUUGUGGAAAUGGUUUCUGCUCAAAAUGACAUCUCAACAUGUCAUGAUCCACACAGUAUUAAGGAGGUGGAACCAUGGUGA